UUAGUUGCAGGACGCAGACAGACCCUACUCGGCUGGCGGGCCAUAAAUAAUACAUUUUCGUAAGGGAGCCGUGGGCCAUAUAAAAUAUAACCCCGUGCCAAGAUUGGCCGGCGGGCCGGACUUUGGACAUGCCUGGCCUAGGCUCUUCGUAGACGAGCUCGGAUGUUACUACGUUUUCGAGCCUCGGUAAAAUGUCAGUGAAUAGACAUGUAAUCCCACAUACCCCGCUGGCUGUAGACUUCUGGCAGGUUCGCAAGUGUCCACACGCUCGCCUGUUUUUUCUAUCUCACAUGCACAGCGACCACACAGUUGGUUUGACUUCUACAUGGAGUUACCGACCGAUCUACUGCUCCCCAGUAUCUGCUGCGCUCUUGAAACUAAAACUACAGGUGAAACAGGAAUGGAUCCGUCCUCUGGAGUUGGAGGAGCCGUACAUGCUGCCGUUGGAUGAUAUCGGCAAGGAAAGACUGACGGUCACACUUAUAGACGCCAACCAUUGCCCGGGGUCCGUCAUGUUUCUUUUCCAGGGUUACUUUGGCUCGAUACUCUACACAGGUGACUUCAGGUACGCUCCCUCAAUGCUACGUGAGCCUUGCCUCAGGAACGACAUCCACAUAGACCUCCUGUACCUUGACAACACCAACUGUGACCCCACCCGGGUCCUGCCAACCAGAGAGAGAGCCCUAGAGAAGAUCAAAGAGAUCAUCCGCAGCCACCCCGACCACAACGUUGUCAUCGGUCUGUACUCCCUGGGGAAGGAGUCUCUGAUCGUCUCCCUUGCCCUGGAGUUCAAGAGCUGGGUGGAGGUCAGCGCUGAGCGCAUGGAGACCCUCCGCCUGCUGGGGCUCCCGGACGUGUUCACCACUGACGAGGGGGCCGGCCGCCUGCGGUUGGUGGAGCAGACGGAGGUCCGCUACUCCAACAUGCAGAAGUGGAACCAGGUUUACCCUACCCUGGCCAUACUGCCCACCGGCAGGCCCGCGGUGCCCUACCAUCCCAAUGUGCACGUGGUGCCCUACUCGGACCACUCCUCCUACCAGGAGCUGGAGGACUUCAUCUCGGCGCUCAAGCCGGCCACCGUGGUCCCCAUCGUGGGCACCUGUCUCCCGGACAGCUUCACGGCUCUGCUGCCCCGCAAAAAGCGCGGCGACUUCCUGGUGCCCGAGUCGGUGCAGAGCUACAUGCUGAAGCAGCCGGCGGUCCAACCCAGACACAGAAGGCCGCCCCCUAGGUACAAGAGGGCACGCCCUACUCCGCGGGGGGUCGUGUUUGAGUCUCUCUCCGAGAGCUCGGAGGGUUCAACAAACGUGAGCGGGGCUUCGAUCAGCCCGGGAAGGACUGCUCCUGAGGUUGAGGAGGUGGUGGAGGUGGUGCGGGAGGUGGAGAAGGUGGAGGUGGAAGUGGUGGAGGAGGUGGAGCAGGAGGUGGAGGACGAAGUCCAUAUCGUUCGAGAAAAUGAAGGUCCUCAAAAACAUCGUUCCCGCUUUAACGCCCAUCAAAGUCAGAGGAGCGAGAAGAAGAGCCGCAAACGGAAAGGCGCGGUCAAGCUGGGACGUCACGUGUUCCUCUAACAAACCGUUGAAGGAGAGGGUCAAGGCGGGGGUCGUACGGUCUCCUGGAACACUGGAGGAGAUGGAAGGGAGCGUUUUACAGUGGCUGCCGUUCAAUCAGGAGGACAUGAUGAAUGGUGGGCUGCUGGACCGCAGGCUGGUCCAGCGGUUCUGCCUCGUUCCUUUCCCCCAUAACCAGGAGGACCAGACCCCCUUCCUGUAGGCCGGGCUUUUGGACCGGAUGCACUUGGUGCCAGACUACGUUUUGAAAGGCACUCCAGCACACAUCACUGCAUUAUUAUCCCAAAUCUUUACAUAAAGGGGAUGCCUUUGUGCUGUCCUUCUGUUAUUCUGUUAUUCUGUUUUUCUGUUCUGAAGAUGAAUAAUAAUGGAGAACAUAUUUGUUAGUAACCAUCCUCAUGUCAAAAGAGCUAAGCGACCUACGUUCUAAGAAUCUAAUGUUACCUCAGGUAUUUUCAGGCCGGUAAAGAUAAAAAUGUUCUGUGAUUUUCCAUCAUUGUCUCACGAUUAUGUUAAGUGAGUGCAUUAUGUCUGUGUAUUGUUUACUAUGGAAAUUUGAUGUCUUGCCACGUUUUUUGGUUUAAGUAGCCUACUAUUUUAGUUGAGUGGUUAAUUUGAGAGCUCAACGGUCUGAAAUUGUACACCUUGAUUUACUGCCUCAUUUCAUCACUCAUCCAACAUGAGCAUUGAGACAGCCCUCUGUCUAUACAGCCUCUUAAUGGUAAUACCACCCCAAUAAGCACUUGGGCACUUUGAUUUAUUCACAAGGAGUUGGAACUCGACGAUUAGACUUGAAGCGCCAGAAAAAGUCCUAUUUUGUUUGAUUAUGUUUGAUUGAAGAUUUGGAUGUCCAGAGCUUGUUGGCUGUGACAUGAGGAUAACUUGUUAAUAUUUCAGCCAUUAUGAGGUAAUAAAACAUGCAUAUUAAUGUUC